UGCUACAUAUCCAUUCAUAUCGAUGUCAAUAAUGGUGGAAACAAGCUCGAGAGUUUUAUUUAUUAUCAUGCUGGUCUUGUCUACUUUUCUUUACCUUCAAUCACUAGCCGGACAUCUUCAUCCGAGUGAAGUGGUUGCUCUUAAGGAAAUAGCUAAGCAACUAGGAAAAGUGGACUGGGAUUUUAGCCUGAACCCAUGUGAUGGAAAUCCUAGUUGGAACACAACGGCAGAUAAAAACCGUCCUGAGUUUAAGAACGUUGUUGUUUGUAAUUGCCCCGGUGAUGAUGUUUGUCACAUUGUUAACAUAACUUUGAUGGGGCAGGAUCUUCCGGGUGUUCUCCCACCAUCCCUGGCAAAGUUACCCUCAAUAGAGAACAUUAAUUUGGCUCGUAAUUACCUAAAUGGCAGCAUACCUAGUGAGUGGGCAUCAACUAAGCUGGAAUUCAUAUCUCUUUCGGGUAAUCGGCUGUCAGGAAGCAUUCCUAUAUUUUUAGGCAAUAUGACUACGCUUACAUACUUGGGUCUAGAGAACAACAUGUUUUCAGGAAAAGUUCCUGCUGAGCUUGGGAAACUAAUAAAUUUGAAUCAUCUGGUCCUGACUGCUAAUAAUCUCACGGGUGAACUGCCAAUGCAACUUAAUAGUCUGACAAACUUGACAGAACUCCGCCUGGACAGCAACAACUUCAGUGGCAAAAUCCCAAACCUUGGAAGUUGCACGCGACUAAAUAUGUUGGAGAUGCAAGGUAGUGGGCUGGAAGGACCAAUACCAGAAAGCAUUUCCCUUUUGAAAAAUUUGUUUCAACUAGCGAUAUCUGAUUUGAAAGGAGAAGGAUCACUGUUUCCAAAUCUAAGUAGCAUGACAGGCAUGAAAAAAUUGAUGUUGAGAGGAUGUAAUCUACAUGGGAAGAUUCCUAAUUACAUAUCACAAAUGUCCCAGUUGCAGUAUCUGUAAUAACAUAAACUUCUCCCUCUUCCAUCCUUUGAUCUCAAUCCAUUAAAAGCACUCGUAAUAGUGUUUGUAUACAUUUCCAGAAAUAUUUUUUUUAUCCAUAUUCGUAUAAUUACACAGAGAUCUCAGCUUUAACAAUUUGGGUGGAGAAAUACCAGACUUAAGUGGACUAAAAGAAGUGAAAAAAAUGUAUCUCACUGGUAACAUCCUUAACGGUAGCGUACCUGGAUGGCUGACAAAAGUUGAUAGUAAUCGUGAAGUAGAUCUUUCUUACAACAACUUCACUGAAACUUCUGUACCUAAAGAUUGUCCUGAAUCGCUGAACUUAUUCAGAAGCUACUCUAGCAGUAAGAACUCAGACCUUGGGAGGUGCCUUGACCAGUUUCCUUGCUCAAAAGGUGAGCGGCAUGCUUUCGUGUGAUUUUGAAUUUCCUUCUUACAAGAAUGCAAAAGCUAAAUCUGUUGG